AUGGCGACAUCACAGACCUCACAGGACACCCAGGCUAGGCCGAAACUCUACGUGCUCGACUACGGCGCGGGCAACGUGCGCUCGCUCGCCAACUCGAUCGAGCGCCUCGGAUAUGACUUCGAGUGGAUCAAGAGCGUCGAGGAUUUUGACAAGGCCGAGUGUUCCCGUGAUCCAAUCCCUGCUGCUACUCUAGCUUCCUCCUCUACCGUGCAAGCUGACCCCAUGCAGAAGCUCAUCUUCCCCGGUGUCGGCUCGUUCCACCAGGCGGCGCGCGGCCUGAAGGAGCGAGGCGUCUUCGAGCCCCUGCUCCAGUACAUUCGAAGCGGCAAGCCGUACUUCGGUAUCUGCAUCGGUAUGCAGGUGCUCUUCGCCGGCUCGACCGAGGCUCCCGGAGAGGCCGGCCUCAACGUUAUCCCGUACCCGAUCACCAAGUUCGACACUGAGGGCGGCACGAAGAGCGUGCCCCACAUGGGGUGGAAUGGCGCUUGGGGCGCGUACGCCGACGUCGCGGCCGACAAGGACGCCCUCGUCGUCCCCGAGGAGGACUACUACUUCGUGCACUCGUACGCUGCGCUCCUCGGCCAGCCCGGAGAGGAGAGCGUGCGCGAGGCCGCCCACACCCUGUCCCGGUACGGCAAGCAGACCUUUGUCUCCUCGGUGCGCAUGGGCAACGUGUUCGGAACCCAGUUCCACCCCGAGAAGUCUGGCCCGGCCGGUCUCGAGACGCUUCGCCGCUGGCUCGCCGCCCCCAUCUCGGCCGUCUCGGCCCUUCCCCACCCCCUCGCUCCGCGCCCCGCCUCUGAGUGGGUCUCUGCCGACCCCCGUCCCGAGCGCGCCGCCGGCACAGGACUUACGGCGCGUAUCGUGGCGUGUCUCGAUGUGCGCUCCAACGACGCCGGUGACCUCGUCGUGACCAAGGGAGACCAGUACGACGUGCGCGAGAAGGAUGAGGGUGCCGGCGUGCGCAACCUGGGCAAGCCCGUCGAGCUCGCGCAGCGAUACUACAUGAACGGAGCCGACGAGGUGUGUUUCCUGAACAUCACCUCCUUCCGCUCGUCCGCGCUGCAGGACCAGCCCAUGCUCGACGUCGUGCGUGCCUCGGCCGGCACGGUCUUUGUGCCCCUCACCGUCGGCGGCGGUAUCAAGGACACGGUCGACCCGGAUGGAACGCCGCGGUCCGCGCUCGAGGUCGCGGGCGCCUACUUCCGCGCCGGCGCCGACAAGGUGUCGAUUGGCUCCGAGGCCGUGCUCAAUGUCGAGGACAUGCUUGCGCGCGAGGCGCGCGGCGAGGAGCCCCUGACGGGCAAGACGGGCAUUGAGACGAUUGCCAAGGGAUACGGCUCGCAGGCGGUCGUCGUGUCCAUCGACCCCAAGCGCGUCUACUACGACACGACCGAGACCAACUGGCUCCAAGCCGUGCCCGAGGCGCACCGCCCCUGCCUCGUCACGGGCGAGACGGCCACGACCCGCACCAAGCCCGACGAGCAGGGCAAGGCGUGGUGGUACCAGUGCACGAUCAGUGGCGGGCGCGCCGUGCGCGACAUUGACGUCGUGCAGCUCGCGCGCGGCGUCGAGCGUCUCGGCGCCGGCGAGAUCUUGCUCAACUCCGUCGACCGCGAUGGGUCCGGCAAGGGCUUCGACCUCGACCUCAUCAAGCUCGUGCGCGAUGCCGUGUCCAUUCCCGUCGUCGCUUCGUCCGGCGCAGGGUCCCCCAAGGACUUUGAGGAGGUCUUUGAGAAGACCGGCGUCGAGGCCGCCCUCGCGGCCGGUAUCUUCCACCGCGGCGAGGUCGGUAUCGACGAGGUCAAAGACGAGCUCAAGCGUGAUGGCAUCCCCGUCCGCCAGACGGCUCUUGCCCCCUAA